AUGCCUUCGUUCACCAAAUCCGUGUCUACUCGUGUUUCACAACACAGAUCGCAAGAUAUCUCUGACGAGGGAUACGACGACCUCGACGCCUGGAUGCAGGCAGUAGGGGCCUUUCUGGUCUACACAGCAACAUGGGGUCUAUUGAGUGCCUAUGGCUCGUACGAAAAGUACUAUGAAACAACGCUGAUGUCUUCCACCCCGUCGACCACAAUCUCGUGGGUCGGCACGCUACAGGUGGUCAUUGUCAUCUGCACAAUGACUACGGUAUUGGGCGUCAUGAUGUUGAGCUUAGCACAUGAGUACUACCAGAUCCUCCUGGCACAGGGCGUGUGCAUCGGUGUGGGAAGCGCAACUCUAUACGUGCCCAGUGUCAGUCUUGUUGCGUCAAGGUUUCAACGGCGUCGCCCGUUAGCUAUGUUUUUCGUUACCUCAGGGACUGCAAUCGGCGGCAUAAUCUACCCUAUCAUCUUUUCCACCCUCCAGCCCAAGAUCGGCUUCUCGUGGGCAACUCGAGUCCUUGGUUUCGUGACGCUAGCCGAAUUGAUUAUAGCGAUGGCAAUCAUGAUACCCAGGACUAAGAAGAGCAAGGGUCUCCAUCAAAUCCGCUCCAUUCUGGAUCCCACCGCCUUCCACGACCCAGCCUUUAUGGCUUUCUGUCUAGCUAUUUUCCUGAUGUGGGUUUCCUACUGGGUCCCCUUCUUUCUACUCCCGACCUUUGCCCUGUUCAAAGUCGGUGCAAGCUCUAAUAUAGCCUUCUACGUCUUGGUUAUUUGUAAUGCGUCGACUAUUCCAGGCCGGUACCUGGCGGUGCCAAUUUCAAACCGAUUCGGGCCAGCGCUCACCAUGGGUGGCUUCGCCAUGGCAUCCAGUAUCAUCCUCUUCGGCUGGGUUGGUGUUGAAUCGGUUACUUCGACCAUCAUCUGGGCAAUACUCAUUGCUCUGUUCAUGGGCCCGCUAGGAGCACUAUAUCCGAUUAUUGUGCCGCACGUUUCGCCAAAGAAAGAACUUGUCGGUACAAGGAUUGGUAUAUCAUCAGCUGCAGCGGCUUUCGGGACUUUAGUUGGCUUUCCUAUUACAUCUGCCUUGAAUGACAUUCAAACAGGAACCUUCUGGAAGAGCGAGGUUUUGAAUGGUUCUUGCAUGUUUUGUGGGGCUGUUCUGAUGGUAUACGUCCAUUAUAAGAUGCCCAAGACGAGUUGA